AUGAUGGAAAAUAGCGAUGAGAGUUCGGACAGUGAUCCGCCCGUGUCCGAAGAAAGUUCAGAAGAUGGGUAUUCAAAUGAUGAGCUUGAGUAUCGUUAUUAUAUCAAUCCAAUAAUGCGUUACGUCCCUGAAAACAUGCGAACAGAUGUUCGAAGGCUGUGUAAAGACACAGCACGGUUAUACUCAAAUGCAGAAACUAUUAAAAGGACUGCUCUUCAUUACAGAAUAGUUGAAGACGAAGAAAAAACCUGUAUGCAAAAAGAUUGCAAUAAAUUGACUUUUGGAAAAUGCGGCACAUGUCAUGUUUUUUUAUGUAUAGAUUCUGAAAAUGAUUGUUUUUCAAAGUUUCAUGAAAGGAAAAAAAAAAUGUGA